UAGAAAAUUUGUGUAGUUCUGUGCUUGUGUUGAGGAAAAAGCCAUAUUUUAGUUGAAUAUGGUUGGGUAGAAAGGAAAAAACACUAUAUAAAGAUGACUAGGAAAGGAAAAGGUUUCUCUGGGAUACAAAGGGCAACAAUAAAGCGAAAGAGGAGAGCAAAGCAUCGAGGAGAUGGCUGAGACAUCGUGAUAAUGAACCUGCGUGUGUAUAAAUGUGAAUAGCUCUUUGGGGAAGACGAUGAAAUUACAAAACGAUGCUAGAGCUACAGAGUUGGCUGAUGUCUUUCCAGGUCUGCCUGGCAAUGAUGAAGAUGGAUAUAGGUUGAGAAAUAUAAAACAUUCAGCCUCUGUAUUCUCUGAAAUUCAUGUUUGCGAUGAAGGUAUUAGCGAUGAUUUGUUUUUAAAUUGGCUUUGCCAGUUUGCCCUAUCACCCAAAUAUUAUAUUUGUUUGUUAUCUUGGCAUUGUAUAAGUGAUAAAAUGAAAUUCUUACAUACUGUAAGUUUUAUCAGCUAUUUUUGCUUUGUUUAUUUAUUAUACAAAUCAUGUGCACCUUUGAUAUAUGCCUUGGGCUGCUAUGUCGAAUCUACACCUCAACUAAUAAGAUUUUGCCUUGAACCUUUAGGUAAACAAGAAGAGCUGAAGCCAACUUUUGUAAACUGAGUGAGUGAUACAAAGUUGCAUGAGAGAUGGGUACAUGGCACAACGUCAAAACCCAAAUGAAUGCCUGAACCCCUGGUAUCAACCCGUAUCGGCUUGAUGUCCAAAGCAUAAACCUCACAGCGUCCACACUGUUCACUGUACUGUUGCUUCAGCUUUUUGCCAUUUCCGUAGUGGUGCUGCAAGCAGAGAAAGGAUUAUGGAGGGACUUUCCAUACCUGCUGGUCACCAUACAAGGCAUAAUUCCUUUGUACGUGACAAGAAGAGGUUAAGAAAAUCUGAUUUUCAUGCCAACCAGAAGCAAACGAAACGUCGUGAAUGACACGCCUUCCUGCCGAUACAAAGGGAAGAGGCUCUUCAUGAAGCUGAGGGAGUCAGUUUUGAAGCAGUAAGGUUUUAAACAACCCCCUGUUUCAUUUAAUGCAUGAAAUAAUGACUUGCACAGUCCAAAUAUUUACUAUUGCACUUUU